UUACCGCCACUCGGCCGCAGUGUUGUGACGGCCGGCACGUCAGUGGGUCUUGCUCGUAAUGCAUUUCUCUGCAGAAUGCGCCAACUGCCACUCGUCACGCUGUUCCUCCAACCGCGGGAGGGAAGUCACCCUCCUUACGCUCAAUAAACUUAUCAUGCCAUUCAUAACGUCUGUCAGUAAGGAUCAAAAUUGCAAAUCGUAAUAUUAAAAUAGUCUACAGGAGGAAGUAAACUGAAACAAGUUUUGUAGCUUUUUUUUUUUUUGCGCCCUCCAUAAAUUGAGACGAAAUGGGUUCACGUCUGUACUCAACACCGGUCCGAGAGACAGUGCACAACGGUGAGAACUGCUGGUAACGUAAGUGAUAAUACAAGUAUCAUUAAAAAUUAAACUGAAUAAAUACAACGUUUUGAAAUUCAGUACACUAAUUUACAUCAUCUGCUAAGCUAAGAAACGCCACAGAACUGCUGCUAAUAACAAACAAAACUGAUAUCUUACAUAUUAACGUGUGACAUGGAUGUUAAGAAUCACUUCGUGUUUAAGAACUUACGGUGUUGUUAAGAGCAUCGAAGAAGGCUUCGGAUUUUGUGAGAGUGUUUCGUGUUUAAAACGCAAUGGGUGCUGUAGGAAUGCACCUCACGUGGCUGGUUGUUGUGCUGCUGUCUGUACGUACCCACCACGUGGUAACGUCGUCUCUGCAAGUGGAAGGCGGGAGCAGACCGAUGCGAGCACACCAGGGUCUGUAUUCUUUAGAUGUCGAGGACUAUGAGCUAGUUAUACCCAGGAAGGUGACAGAAGAUGGUCAUUUCUUGUCACACAACUUGAACCAUCAUUAUAUAAACGAUGAGGAAGCAUUCGGCGUUAAGAAUGGAGGCCACAGGAAGAGAAGGAGUGUUGGGGCGGUGGUGAACUACCACAUCCCAGUCGGACUGUUGGGGCAUGAACAGCCUCUGCAUCUGGAGUUGUGGCCCAGCAGAGACUUCCUGGCUCCUGGUCUCCUGGUAGAGCGCCAUUCCGGCAACCACACGGCGCCCGAGAGGUCGCCGCCUUCCUUAGAAGCGACACAGUGUCAUUAUCAGGGCUCCAUCCGCGGGCAACCCGGCUCGCAGGUCGCAGUAUCUGCUUGUAACGGACUGGCGGGUCUGUUGCGCACGGAACGCGGCGAGCUGUGGCUUGAGCCCCUGAGGGGUCACAGGGGAGGUGUGGGCUCGGAGCGACCCCACAUCGUGUUCAAGCGCUCCGCACCUCACGGCUCCAAGAAACGCAAGCGCAAGAGGAGGAAGAGACACGAGAAGAACUGCGGAACCAGGGAACCACGACGCCUCGUGGAGACUCGACUCGAGUGGAAGCAGCAGGUUGGAAAGGUGAAAGUUCAAGGUCGAGGCAAAUCCCGGAAGACCCGGUGGAGACGCUCCGUAAGCAAGGAACGACACGUCGAAGCACUCUUGGUGGCUGACAUGUCCAUGAUGAAAUUCCACGAAGAUAGCGAUGUCGAAACAUACAUCCUCACAAUCAUGAAUAUUGUAUCGGCCCUUUAUCGCGACGCCAGCAUAGGCAACAGUAUAAACGUCGUCGUCGUCGUAAGGAUUAUACUACUGGAGGAUGAAGUGUCCCAAGAUCUGAACAUCACUGUGAACGCUGACGAAACCCUAGCCAGCUUCUGCAAUUGGCAGAUGGGCCUCAACCAUCCUGAGGACUCUCAUCCAAAUCAUCACGACGUGGCGAUCCUUAUCACAAGGGAGGACAUCUGUGCACGCCAGAACACACCAUGCAGCACACUAGGAGUGGCACAUGUGGGAGGGAUGUGCCAACCUGAUCGCAGCUGCAAUGUCAAUGAAGAUAAUGGGAUUACUCUUGCUCACACUAUCACACACGAGAUGGGCCACAAUUUUGGCAUGUACCAUGACACAGAGAAGAUUGGCUGCAGCCGCCGUCAGGGAAAUACCUUACAUGUGAUGACACCGAGCUUUGAAGCCGAUGCUGUAGAAGUCGCAUGGUCAAGCUGCAGUAGGCGUGACAUCACAAACUUCCUCGACCAAGGAAGUGGUCAGUGUCUUGAGGAUGAACCCACUCAGAAUGAUUAUAACUACCCAGACCUCCCUCCUGGAGCCAUGUACAAUGCAGAUCAUCAGUGCAGACUACAGUUUGGAACACGCAUGACUGCAGUGUGCACACUACUUGAAGAGAUCUGCUCACGACUCUGGUGCGUGGUGGAUGGGAUGUGUACCACAAUGUUGCGCCCUGCUGCAGCAGGAACACACUGUGGGAAGCACAUGUGGUGCUUGAACCAACAGUGUGUGACAAUAGGUGAAAGGCCAGAAGCAAUCCAUGGUGGCUGGAGUGACUGGGGCCCGUGGAGUGAAUGUUCACGGACUUGUGGUGCUGGAGUUUCUAUCACAGAACGUCAGUGUGAUCAUCCAGUUCCAGCUUUCGGGGGAAAGUUUUGUGUGGGUGAACGUCGAAGAUACAGAAUCUGCAACACUGAGCCCUGUCCAGAUGGGAUGCCAAGCUUCAGAGCUAUGCAGUGUUCAAGUUUUAAUGAUCAAGACUUUCAUGGCAGAAAGUAUACAUGGCUUCCUUAUUUUGACAAAAUGGAACCCUGUGAGCUCUACUGUGCAGAUGCAGAUGACACUGUCAUAGUCCCUUGGGGAGAUACUGUGAUGGAUGGAACACCAUGUAAUGUUGGCACAAGAGAUAUGUGCAUUAGUGGAAUCUGCAGGCGAGUCGGUUGUGACUGGGAAGUAGAUUCUGGUGCCAGGGAGGAUAGAUGUGGAAUUUGCCAUGGUGAUGGGAGUCAGUGUGAAACUCAGAAAGGGGUGUACUCCAAGAGAGAGGGAUCAGGUUAUAAGGAAGUUGUGAUCAUCCCUGCUGGCUCCAGAAACAUUAAAGUUGAAGAGGUUGGGAACUCGAGGAAUUAUAUUGGCAUUGGGAGUGCUACAUCUGGAAAAUUUUUCCUGAACGGGAAACGACAGAUCACACUAGCUGGAGAGUACCUGGUGGCAGGCACACCUGCACUUUAUGAAAGAGAGAGAGACUGGGAAAAAGUCCGCAUCCCUGGACCAAUCAAAGAGGAUAUAUUAAUUUAUCUCAUCUACAGAGGUAGAUACCGUAAUUUUGGGUUAAAAUAUGAGUACACAGUCCCCAAGAAGAAACCUUUGCGAGUGCCAGAAUACAAUUGGAUCUUCUCAGACUGGUCACCAUGCUCAGCGACAUGUGGCAGUGGAACACAGGUAUCACAUCCAGUGUGCCAAGAGAGGGAGGAAGGGACAGUCAAGGAUGAUCUCUGCAAUAGCAAGACAAAACCUGACCAGCAGACACGUGUAUGCAAUACACACCCAUGUCCAGCCAGGUGGUGGAUUGGUCCCUGGCAAUUGUGUCCUGUGACAUGUGGAGAACAUGCCAUGAGGAAGCGUACAGUAAUGUGCGUUUUUCUCCAUUCUGAGGGUGCAGAUGGACGUGAGAUGGCUCUUCCAGACAGAGACUGUGAAGGACAGGAGCGACCUGGAGAACAUGAACCUUGCCCCAAUUUACCACCAUGUGCAAUACCUUCAACAUCCAGUUCUAUUCAAGAUUAUGCAGCCAGUUCUGACUUUGUUUCUACUUCAGCACCUCUGCCAGAAGAUGGUAUCAUUGUUGAUGGUGAUAUCCAUGAAGAGGAGUCUGAAAUACUAAAUUCAAACUCCAGUUUUGUGACAUUAGACACUGAUGACGCAAUACAAGAUGACGAGAUCUUGCUUAACAGUAUUAAAACUGACAGAACUUAUGAAAAUGUUGUACAGUUUGUGCACAUUGGUGAGAAUUCAACUGCACACACAGUGCACGAUGGAAGGAGAGAGGAGAGAGUGAAUGCAGGUGGUUGGACAGUUACACCUUGGGGUCCCUGCUCUGUGACAUGUGGCUCAGGUAUAAGGACCAGGAGUGUUGUGUGUCCCAAGCAAGAAGGCAUCUGUAAUCUUAACAUCAAACCUAGUGUUUUGGAGUAUUGCCAUACUCGAAAGAACUGCAGCUUUGAGCAAAGACCAGGCUGGAGCUUGGAAGUUCCUGCGGAUUGUAUGGACAAGUUGUUACCCAGCCUAUGCAACUCAUUCGAACACAUGUGUUACACUUCAUGGUAUAUCAGACAGAAGUGUUGCCAUACUUGCAGGUAGCAUUUCUGUAAAGAUUCUGUGAAUGUAUGAAUGAUGUGAAUUAUUCAGUGUUUGUAAUAAAGUUUUGUUUGAUUCUGUUGUAA